AAGACACAUUUUUUUUUUAAACAUUCCAUUCCAUGCAACCAACCCGUUUUUAAGCGCAAACCCGCCUCCUUUCCAAACCGCUGCCCCAUUUCUGCUGCACUUCCUCUUAAAUCUUCACGCCUCAUAAACCACAAGAAACGAAAGGCUAAGGGUGCGCACCGGAGCGCGACUCCUUCCAAACCUGCGACGUUUCUAGUUCACUAGAGCACCGGAAAGUGCCCGGACCAAGUUCUAGCCCCAAAAAACCGACCCGCCGUUCGCCAAAAUCGCAUUUUCAUCCACGAUCCGUGCGUCCGCGAAGACCGACUCCCGAAGCUGAAAUAGUGGGGCAAGCGAUCAUAUUUGGAGAAUGGUGUCGCGGGCCCGCGAAGACUGGUGAAAGAGCAAGACUGCAUUUAAGUUUUACCAGCCGUCGGUGAUGUGAACGGCGCGCGUGUUCGCAGACUUCGCCAGCGUGCUAGUGUCCGUGGAAUUGUGGAAAAUAACGGAGAAAGUCAUCAUCACUUCCGAAGAAAAACUGCAGUGAAACCCAUGAUGUGAAAACAAGCGCCCAUUAAUCAUCCCAAUUAAAGAAAAAGAAUGUGGUGAAGAAACACCUUUUAACUGCAAACGGUGCUACAGUUACGCAAAGCCGACGUGACAAAAACGUUCAAACAGUGCGAUUUGGGGCCCAUGUGGUUUACGUGACGUGCAACCAUGACUGUCACAAUGGAGAAAAAGAGCCAUCAUCACAGGAAAAGCUCGUGGGAUUCCAAGAUGUCCGUUAGCACGAUCAGUACCGGACCAAGACAUUUCCGACGCUCCCCAAGCUCGAUUUUAUCGUCCGAUUCGGAUAUCCGUUUCACACGAAAAAAACUGACCUCACAGACCAGAUGCGGCUGUUGCAUUAUCGCUACUUUCCUUCUACUUCUGCUGGUGGCAGCUGCCGCAGUCUACAUAGCUUAUACGUACUUCAUGCCAGAAGCGCCUCCAGAGCAGGUGUUUCGGGCCACGUUUCGGGUAAUCAAAGGAGACGCGUUCUCCCCGGAACUAACCGACACCAACACCGUCAGAUUCAAAAAUAGGUCAAGGAACUACAGCGAGAGACUAAAUCUUCUGUUCAGGAGAAGCCCAGUGAGCCACGGUUUCGUAGGGACCGAAGUACUAGCUCUCGACGGCACUGAAGGUAAAGACCUCGUGGUUCACUUCGACAUCCACAUCGACCCUUCCUACACCAUCGUGCAAGCGAAAGACGUGGAAAAAAUCCUAGCCAAAGAAAUCACCCUCGACGAGUCCCUUUUUUUCCAAAACCUCACCAUCGACGCUACUAGUUUGGAAGUGAAAUCCGUCGACGUUCUCCUUACGAGUACCACCACAUCUUCACCUUCCACCGUCACGUCGCAACCCGUCACCCAAACGCCGCCUCCCCCACGCCGAUGCUUCCCCCUCCAGCUCCCCUACUGCUCCAAACUCCCCUACAACAUCACCACCUACCCUAACUUGAUGAACCACCGCAACCUCAAGGAGGUGAAAGACGACGUGAUCACGUUUCGGGAACUCGUCGAUGCGGAAUGCUACCGACACGCCUACGACUUUGUGUGUCAGAUUUUGCAGCCGUCGUGUGUGACGGGCGACGACGAGGACGAGAUGAUCCUUCCGUGCAGGAGUUUCUGCAGGGAUUUCAUGGCCGGCUGCGGCGGCCGCUUGUCGGAAAAAGUUAAGGAACUGAUCGACUGCAGCAAGUUUCCGGAAAUAAGGUGUGCGGCGAAACCAGGUUGUGUCGAGGAACUGCAGGCACGUGCACUGUCGCCACGUGUUUGCGAUGGCGUGAUUGAUUGUCAGGAUUUAUCGGACGAGAAAACGUGCACGUACUGCUCGAAGGGCUUCUUGCAUUGCGGGAAUGGGAGGAAGUGCGUGCGGAAGGAGCAGAGGUGCGACGGGACGGAGGAUUGUCCGGACGGGAGCGACGAGAGGGCGUGCCUCAGCCUAACCCCGAACGUCGAAGAUAGCAGAAAAGUCGAAAUCGUGACACCGCACCUCACGCGCUACCAUUCCGAAGGCUUCGUGGCUUUCAACGAAAAGGGCGAAAUCGGAAAGUUGUGCACAGAAAAUUUAAACCACAGCCUUCCGGUCAACCAAACCACCGAAGUACUACACACAGUAGCAUCGUCGUUAUGUAAAACCCUCAGCUACCAAAACAUUUUAUCAGUCCAAGUGGAAAAAGACCUAGAGCACAACAUGUCUUACGUGAGCAUGAAAGACCCCCUGGCGCCCGAAAUAAGCUUCGUGCGCUCUCCGUGCUUCAGCAGACAAGUACUAAAAGUGGCUUGUUCCAAUCUAGAGUGCGGCAUCCAGACCGCCGCCCCUGCGGUUCUCCCCAAAAUGGCCGCCCACGGCGACUGGCCUUGGCACGUCGCCCUCUUCAAAGAAGACGUCCACAUCUGCGACGGCACUCUCGUCUCCCCCAGCUGGCUCGUGACCACGACGUCGUGCUUCCAGGGUCAGCCGAAAGCUGAGUGGACCGCGCGCUUCGGCUCGGUCCGCUUGCUUAGUGCUUCCCCCUGGGAGCAGGAGCGCCGGAUCGUGGGUAUGGUAAAGUCGCCAGUGGAAGGCAGCACCAUAGCUAUGGUGAAGUUGGACCAGAGCGUGAUUUUUAACGACUUCGUGCGCCCGAUUUGUCUCCCGGAGGAUGUUCCUGGUGGCGAGACGGAAUGCAACACUUUGGGGUGGGCUCGGAAUCGCGAGCAAUUACAGAGGGUGCAGGUGAAGACGGCCAUGAUGGAGAAGUGCGAGAAUGUCAGUAUUUCCACGGUGAAUAGUUUGUGUACGGAGACGUACUAUGGAAAAGACGAUUGUAAUGAGGAAGAGUUUGCCGGGAGUCCCAUGAUUUGUUUGAACCCCAAGGCGAAGAGUUGGACACUAGUGGGGAUAAGUAAUUGGAGGAUUGCUUGUUCUAGUAAUAGUGUGCAGAGGCCGAGGAUGUAUGAUAAAGUGACGUCGAAUGUGAAUUGGAUGCGGGAAACGAUGAAAGCGAGCUCUUGAGGCUCGAGGAAUCGGAAUUAUGUGCCAAUUGUUGCGAUUUAAGAGACUGAAAUUAAGAGAAGACUCCGAGGGUGGGGAGUGACUUAAGUGUACUUAUGUUAAGUAUGUAGGAUUUUUUUAACGUGUGAUUACCUGUGGAAGAAAUAUUUUUGUAAAGUGAUUUGUUUGGAUUAAAUUUUUUAGUGUUGUUACUAGUCAUUAUUUCAGUUUGAUGCAUAAUAAAGGUUCAGUGUUCAUGG